CGCGGUGGGCGGAGCCGCCGCCCCCGGCCCGGCCGCGCUCUCCCGGUGCGGCGGGACUCGCGGACGGCCCAGCGCCGCCAUGCGGGGCCCGGGCCCGAGCCGGAGCCCCGGCGCGGCGUGGCUACCCCGGCGGAGGCGGCGGGCGCGGGGCGCGCUCUGAGGCCGGGGGAUGCGCCGCCGCCGCCGCCGCGACCAUGGGCGCCGCCGCCUCCCGGAGGAGGGCGCUGAGGAGCGAGGCCAUGUCCUCGGUGGCGGCCAAAGUGCGAGCAGCCCGAGCAUUUGGCGAGUACCUGUCCCAGAGUCACCCUGAGAAUCGGAACGGUGCAGACCACCUGCUGGCUGACGCCUACUCUGGCCACGACGGGUCCCCCGAGAUGCAGCCAGCCCCCCAGAACAAGCGUCGCCUCUCCCUCGUCUCCAAUGGCCGCUACGAGGGCAGCCUCUCAGAGGAGGCUGUCGGCGGGAAGCCGGCCGGUGAGGGCCCCCAGCCCCGUGUGUACACCAUCUCCGGGGAGCCGGCCCUGCUCCCCAGCCCAGAGGCCGAGGCCAUUGAGCUGGCCGUGGUGAAGGGGCGGCGGCAGCGGGAACGGCACCCCCACCACCACCACAGCCAGCCCCUGCGUGCCAGCCCGGGGGGCAGCCGUGAGGACGUCAGCAGGCCCUGCCAGAGCUGGGCAGGCAGCCGCCAGGGCUCCAAGGAAUGUCCAGGAUGCGCCCAGCUGGCCCCUGGUCCCAGCCCCUCCCCUCGGGCCUUUGGGCUGGACCAGCCACCUCUGCCUGAGGCCACGAGCCGCCGCAAGAAGCUGGAGAGGAUGUACAGUGUUGAUCGUGUGUCUGAUGACACCCCCAUCCGAACCUGGUUCCCCAAGGAAAACCUCUUCAGUUUCCAGACAGCAACCACAACUAUGCAAGCUGCUGACUCGUGGUGGUUUCCCAGGGUGUUCAGGGGCUACGCGGAGAGGAAGCGCCGGAAACGGGAGAAUGAUUCCGCGUCUGUAAUCCAGAGGAACUUCCGCAAACACCUGCGCAUGGUCGGCAGCCGGAGGGUGAAGGCCCAGACGUUCGCCGAGCGGCGCGAGCGGAGCUUCAGCCGGUCCUGGAGCGACCCCACCCCCAUGAAAGCCGACACUUCCCACGACUCCCGAGACAGUAGUGACCUGCAGAGCUCACACUGCACCCUGGGUGAGGCCUUCGAGGAUCUGGACUGGGAGACCGAGAAGGGGCUGGAGGCAGUGGCCUGCGACACCGCGGGCUUUGUGCCCCCCAAGGUCAUGCUCAUCUCCUCCAAGGUGCCCAAAGCUGAGUACAUCCCGACUAUCAUCCGCAGGGACGACCCGUCCAUCAUCCCCAUUCUCUAUGAUCACGAGCACGCGACUUUUGAGGACAUUCUGGAGGAAAUAGAGAAAAAGCUGAACAUCUACCACAAGGGGGCCAAGAUCUGGAAGAUGCUGAUUUUCUGCCAGGGCGGCCCAGGACACCUGUACCUGCUCAAGAACAAGGUGGCCACCUUUGCCAAAGUGGAGAAGGAGGAGGACAUGAUCCACUUCUGGAAGCGCUUGAGCCGCUUGAUGAGCAAAGUGAACCCAGAGCCGAACGUCAUCCACAUCAUGGGCUGCUACAUUUUGGGGAACCCCAACGGGGAGAAGCUGUUCCAGAACCUCAGGACCCUCAUGACCCCUUACAGGGUCACCUUUGAGUCCCCGCUGGAGUUGUCGGCCCAAGGGAAGCAGAUGAUUGAGACCUACUUUGACUUCCGGCUGUACCGCCUGUGGAAAAGCCGUCAGCACUCGAAGCUGCUGGACUUUGAGGAUGUUCUCUGAGGGCCGCCACCCGGCUGCUUCCGUGGACCAGCGGCUGGGGCUGGGCCCCUUGUGUGUGGCCCAGGACCGCGUGGGUCCCAGUCUUCACGGCCGCUUCAGGGCACCCUCAGAUGUUGCUCAGGUUCCCUCCUGGGGGUCUGGCCCUCACCGCACCCCAGGCCACUGAGGUCGUAGCCCCUGCGGCCCGGGACGAGCCUCACCCCACGUGGCCAGGGGGUGCUCGGCAGCCGGGCGCUGAUGGGGCCUAGGCCCUGCCCAGGGGCUGCAGUGCUGGGGCGGCUCCUCUCUGCAGGUUCCUAGAAAUAAGUGCAAUUUUCACAGCCCCGAAACAGUUCAAAGGGAAGCAGCAUUAUUAGUUGAAUAGUUAAGUGCUAUGUUACUAGUUACGGUGUAGACAACCCAGCCCAGUGUGUGUCCAGGAUCUUCUCUGCCCCCAGCCCCCCCAGCCCUGCCCCAUUUGAUCACCAGCACCAGGGCGGCCCGUCUGUGGGGCAGUGUUGCCCGGCUGUCCGGCCUGGCUCCGGCCCUGGCCGAGGCCCUGAUGGUCUGUGCUUGCCCUCUUGCCACCCCUGCUUUCUCUGACCUCAGCCGCACCGGCCCAGCAGGGGUGUCUGGGCAGCCGUGGAGGGGACACGCCUCCCCUUCUCUCAAAGGAGGCUCUGGGUUGAGCGGGGCCCUGCCGCUCCCCGUCCUCCAGCAGCCGCCCGGCCCCCUGAUGCUGCGGUGCAGUUCAGCUUUUGCCAGGCUUGGUCUGGAGCCCUCUCCCAGUGCAAAGGGUUCAGCAGGGGCAGGCCGGGGCUGGGCCCCGGUGGGUGGGAACCCCGCCACACACGGCAGUGGGUGCCUGGACCCCGCAGCGGCGCUGAGCAGCAGUGGACUCUGGGGCCCAGUGGGGCUGGCUCUUGUACAUAGCUGGGGCUCGGGGGCAGGCCCCCCUCCGCAGAGCCUGGGUGUGAGGACACCUGGCUCUGCGCUCAGCUAAGGGAGGAACAAGGGCAUGUGCUGGGCUCUGAAUGAUGUACGAUAUCCCUUAGAGUGACCAUUAAACCUGACCCUCCGCUGCG